AUGGCUGUGAUUUUGAAUGAAUUUGAAACCAAUUCGGAGAGUACUGUGCACAGAGAAGAACAGCAGGACAAUACCAGCUGGGAGAGGUACUUGGAAAGGAGGAACCUCGUUCUGCAGUUCCUGCACUCCAACCUGAACCUCCACCACCUCCAGCACCACCAGAACAAAGUUGAGCUUCUGAAGAAGUCUUACUUUUACUUGGAAAUUGAGCCCAAGCACAUAAACGUGAGAGACCAGAACCACGUGAUGCAUCGCGCUGACAUCUUGCAACUAAUAGACCCCUACCAAUUCCAGAGAAUGAAGAAGGUGGGAAAAAAACAAACUGAAAUCCAGCUGACACUUUUAACCGAGCUGUUAGAAGAGCUGGAACGAGGUCGGGAGGAGCUGAGCUGUUAUGUAGAGACCUGUGACACGGUAACUUUCCUCUCCCAGUGGGACUUUAUUAUGCAGAGACUGUCCAAGCUCUCAGAGUUUAUGGAAACUCUCCUUUCCUUGCAAGUGCCAGGAAAGCUCUACAUCAAGCACCGUUUGGUGUCACACGCAGAUCUUAGGGGUGCUAGACUGCCCAGCAUUAGGCUUUCUCUCUGUACAAAGAUGCCACUGAUUUUUGAUCGAAAAGAAUCAUUUGCACACAAGGACUGGGCCAAGCUCAAGUGGUUUACCGAAAAUCAAGAGUCACACCUUGAACAAUGUGAACUGCACUUGAAGUUACUGACAAAUGGGAGUCAGACAGAAGCAGGAUACAGUAGGAUUCAGGAAGUCACCUCCAAUACAUGUGUAGUCCAGGACCUGCAGCCUGGCAGAUCGUAUGAAUUCACAAUUCGAAGAUCAGGCACUCACACGCUUGUCUUUGGGAACUGGCACGACAGCAUUACACUGAAGACAAAAACUAACGCUGUUGAAGACGCAGACAGCGGUGCUGGCGCACCAGAAGGAUGA